AUGCCUAUGAUUGAGGGGGAAGGUAGUAAAGAACCAGUACAAAAGGAAGCAUCUGAUGGUCUUUCUUUCAGCUGGACUGAGAAUGAGGAUGAUAAUGAAGGUGAGGAAGAAGGAGGAGUAGGGGCCAGUCAUGAGGAACAUCAGACUCAGGACAUGGCUAAUGAAGUAAAAAGGAGUGAGAAUGAGGGAGAUUCUGGUGAAAAGAAGGAGAGUGAGACAGAAGAUAAGAUAGAUAGACAAGUGGAUGAUUCUGGAAAUGAAGAAAAGAAUAGUGAUGAAGAAGCUGAUACUGAGAGUGAAGGUGAGGAUCAAGAAAAAGCAAGUGAGAGUGAAGGAGAGGAUGGAGAGAGUGAUGAAGAGAAUAAGAAUACAAGUGGAGAAUCUGAAGACUCUAUGACUAUUGGGAACACUGUCAUAGCCCCUUCAGAAGAAGAAAGUGGAGAGAAAAGAACUGAAGAAAUUGGACCCUUGUUAGCUCCUUUCACUGGAGAUGAGGAGGUUAGUAGUGAUGAGGAUAACUUGCCCCUGUCUGCAGUAGGGAAGAAAACCAGGAAGACCAUUCUGAAAGCAACAAAGUCUGUUAUCCCUGUAAGGAAAGAAGUGGCUCUUCUUGCUAGGACUCCUCUCACAAGGAGUAAAACAAAGACUGUUGAUGAACAAAUCAUUAAGGAGUCCAGAGGUUCCAAGAUGCCAAGGAAGCAAGUUUCAGUUGUGGAACCUGUUGUUGAAUUGGAUAGAGAAGAUGAGUUUGAUUCUACUCUGCUAGAAAAGUCAUCAGCAUAA